AUGGAAGAUCUGUCAUUUAUACGUGCUGAAAUUGGCAGCCACCGCGUCGUGUUUCUAGUGAAAGUAGUAGUACCUGAUCUUUGCAAUAUCGGGGCAAGCCAAAAACUGAAUUCUUGUUGGGCUCUCGUGGUCUCCUGCCCUGUGCUCGCCCACGGGAUAAACAUGUGUUACAUUUCGAUCAGUCUCUACAAUCCUUUCUGCGAGUCGAAUCAUUUAGCUGAUUGUUUUCUUUACUUGGAUGGGCGGAUGAAGACUGCAUUGAUGCAUGCAUGCCGGCAUGGACACUGGGAGGUGGUUCAGAUGCUUCUGCUCUUCAGAUGCAAUGUUACCAGGGCGGAUUACUUGAGUGGUCGAACGGCAUUGCACUUUGCAGCACACGACGGACUUGUUCGGUGUGUAAGGCUGUUACUUGCCGACUUCAUCCCAAGUGGGCCCUUGGAGGAUACUGCCUCUUCGGUGGCAGAUGGCGGUGAUUCUCAGACGAAUAGCGGCAGCAGUCCUACUUCUUCACUGGGACUCAAGUUUAAUGAACCUGCUCGUGUGAGGUACAUCAACAAACCUGCUGAUGGCGGUGUUACCGCUCUUCACAUGGCAGCUUUGAAUGGUCAUUUCGAUUGCAUGCAAUUGUUGAUUGAGUUAGGUGCAAAUGUCUCAGCUGUCACAUUUCCCUAUGGAACUACAUCAAAUUUGAUAGGAGCUGGCAGUACUCCUUUGCAUUAUGCAGCCGGUGGGGGCAGUCUGGAAUGUUGCCAGGUACUUCUUUCAAAAGGUGCUAGCAGGUUGACACUCAACUGCAAUGGGUGGCUUCCCAUGGAUGUUGCUAGGAUAUUUGGACGCCGUUGCUUGGAGCCAUUACUUUCUCCAAAUUCACACACGGUUAUUCCAGCAAUUCAGCCAUCCAGUUAUCUCGCCUUGCCACUGAUGAGCAUACUUAAUAUAGCCAGAGAAUUUGGGUUGCAACACACUGUAUCCUCGGUGGAUGAGAGUGACCUUUGUGCAGUUUGCCUGGAAAGGUCUUGCUCUGUAGCUGCUGAAGGCUGUGGUCACGAGUUCUGCAUCAAAUGUGCUCUCUAUCUUUGCUCAACCAGCAACGUCCGUGUGGAGUUCACAGGCCCAGCUGGGUCAAUACCAUGCCCUCUCUGCAGGAAUGGAAUAAUGUCAUUCACUAAGCUACCGAGCACACCGACAGAAGGGCUCAAAUCAAGCUCAGCACUCACAUUCUGCAAUCCAUGCAUUCUGAAUACCCGUUCUGUGGACUCCCCAGCAACUGUCUGUAAAGCUGAAAUCAGGCGCAACCGUGUGGCAGCUCUCUCUUCCGAGUUAGUCUGUCCACUGACCUGCAGCCCAUUUCCGUCGUCCGCCCUCCCAACCUGCAGGUGCAGUGACGACGAUCCAUGCGGCUCAACAGAAACGCUGGAUGGCUCCGAGGUGCAAUCUCCGCGGCCCUCGCACAGCACAAGCACAGAGCUGGAUAAGAGGGGAGAGCAGGACGUUGACCGGACCACCUGCUCAGGCAUGUUCUGGAGUCGCAGAAGCUGUCAGAGGGAGCAGCAGUGCAAUGCGGAAAUCAAUGCUUGA